AUGCUGGGCGGAAAGUACGGAGGCCAGAUUAACAUCCCCACCACAUCUCGCAAGACCUUUAAAAAUGUCGAAAAUUUCGUUCAAGAGGCUGACUCGCGACUACAAUGUAUGACCCUUGAGGAGAAUGUGAAGGAUUUCGGGCUCACAUACUUUGGCUUGGGAGAUAAGAGACAGGGAAUUGUGCAUGUCAUCGGGCCGGAACAGGGAUUCACUCUUCCUGGCACAACUGUCGUCUGUGGUGAUUCCCACACAUCGACACAUGGCGCUUUUGGCGCCUUGGCAUUUGGAAUUGGCACCAGCGAAGUCGAACAUGUGUUAGCCACGCAAACCCUCAUCACCAAGCGCAGCAAAAACAUGCGUGUUCAGGUUGAUGGUGAGCUUCCACCCGGUGUUAGUAGCAAGGAUAUAAUUCUCCACGUGAUUGGUGUGAUCGGAACUGCUGGUGGCAAUGGGGCUGUCAUUGAAUUUUGCGGUUCAGCGAUCAGAGGUCUUAGCAUGGAGGCACGUAUGUCCAUUUGUAACAUGAGUAUCGAAGCUGGUGCGCGAGCUGGCAUGGUUGCACCGGAUGAAAUUACUUUGGAAUACUUGAAGGGAAAGCCCUUGGCGCCAAAGUAUGAUAGUCCUGAGUGGAAGAAGGCUGUGAAGUAUUGGUCCAGCUUGAAGUCUGAUGUGGGCGCUAUAUAUGAUAAGGAAGUUUUCAUCGACACGAAGGAUAUCGUCCCAAACGUGUCUUGGGGUACGUCCCCGCAAGAUGUCGUGCCAAUCACUGGAGUUGUUCCCGGUCCAGAUGAUUUUACGGAUGAAGAUAAGAAGACGAGUGCAAGGCGCGCAUUGGAAUACAUGGGACUCACCCCCGGGACACCAAUGCAAGAUAUCGUCAUCGACAAGGUAUUCAUCGGAUCCUGUACCAACUCCCGUAUGGAAGAUCUGCGUGCGGCUGCCCACAUUGUUCAGGGCAAGAGGGUAGCCGCCAACAUCAAGCGGGCAAUGAUUGUCCCAGGCUCUGGUCUGGUCAAACAACAAGCAGAGGCUGAGGGCCUUGACAAAAUCUUCACUGAUGCUGGAUUUGAAUGGAGAGAAGCUGGUUGUUCGAUGUGUCUCGGCAUGAACCCGGAUAUCCUCUCCCCCCGUGAACGAUGUGCGAGUACAUCUAACCGAAAUUUCGAAGGUCGACAAGGGGCGUAUGGGCGCACCCAUCUUAUGUCCCCCGUAAUGGCCGCUGCAGCUGCCAUUGUCGGCAAGCUUGCUGAUGUCCGAACAAUUGACACUGCUCAUCCAUUGACUCAAAAGAGAGGCUUACCAAAUGUUGAUAUCGAGGCCGUCGUUGACGAGAUGGAUACUGAAGAGGACUUGGAGCGCAUCCUUGACGUCCCUGAAGACGAUGAACCGCACACUAAUAGCUCUACACGUCAUACCUCAGCUGGUCUGCCAAAGUUUAUCAUUCUCAAAGGUGUUGCGGCUCCACUGGACCGCGCAAAUGUGGACACAGAUGCCAUAAUCCCCAAACAAUUCCUCAAAACCAUCAAGCGUACCGGUCUAGGAAGCGCCCUCUUCUACUCCUUGAGAUUUGACGAAGCCGGUGCUGAGAGGCCUGAUUUCAUCCUCAACCGAGAACCAUACCGCCAUGCCAAGAUCCUCGUCGCAGGCGUGAACUUUGGGUGCGGUAGCUCCCGGGAGCAUGCUCCAUGGGCGCUCCUCGAUUUCGGUAUAAAAUGCAUAAUCGCUCCCUCAUACGCUGACAUUUUCUUCAACAACACAUUCAAAAACGGCAUGCUGCCCAUUGCCAUCACCGAUGACGCUGUGUACCGAAAAAUAUACGCAGAAGCGCUGGCUGGCCACGAGCUAGAAGUCGACCUCCCCAAUCAACGUAUCAGUGACGCCUCAGGAAAAAAGCUGGCGGACUUCGAUGUUGAGCAAUUCAGAAAGCAUUGCCUUGUUAAUGGUCUGGAUGAUAUUGGCCUCACGAUGCAGAUGGAGAAGGAUAUAAAGAAGUUUGAGAUUGCCCGGUCACUGGAAACGCCAUGGUUGGAUGGGACGGGAUAUUUGAAGCGGGGAGAUCUGAGGAAGGCGCCAUUGAUGGUCCCAACUGCUGCUGUAGCAAAUACAAAGGAUGGUGAAGUAAAUCAGGGCCAAAUGGAGUGGUGA